AUGAAGUUUGACGACGGCCGUGGCGAUGAAGCGUGGGCCCGGAAGAAGCCGAGCUCCGGGGCACGCUUCCCGUGGCCGUUCACCUGGACGACGGGAGUCCGGCAGCCGAGCCUCAAUCCGGGCGAUAUGGCAAAUCUUCACGAACGCAUCGGUCACCUGAGGCCGCUCUGGUUCGAAGGACUGCAGCUGAACGUAACGCGCGGGCUCGGCGUGAACCGGAGUGUCGGGUGCAGCUGGACGCUAAGCCACGUCACACCCACCGGCUUCCGGUGGGGCGGCCAGUACCAGCGACGCUGCAGUGACCACGUCUUGAAAACGCCACUUGUGGCGUUCGAUGUGAACCCGAGCACGCUGGCCUCGAACCUGCAGCUCCGGUACCGACCGGUCCGGUCGCUCUGUGUCCAAAUGAGCCUGCAGCUCCAACCCCAACGGCUACCGCUCGUCGACGAGCUGUCGGUGCAGCACACGGGCUUAAGCCGCACGUCGUCCGUGCGCUACGCUGGCUCCGCUACGUCCCGUUCGUGCCGCUUCAGCAUGGAUCAUCUGGUCAGCCUGAACGAUCGGCUGUGCGUCGGGCUGGAGCUGCUGACCGAGUGCCACGGCGGCGUGUACCGUACGGGCGUCGCCUUCGCCAGCAGAUACAAUCGCGAAACGUGGACGCUGGCGGCCACCGUUUCACCGGAAGCGUUCGAUCUGAGCUACUGGCGGAAGGUGUCGGACAUGCUGCAGUUGGGCUCGUCGGUCGUCAUCAACCAGCGGCAGCGCCAGGCCCUCGGCUCCAUCUGCUACCGCGUGGACCGCCCGGACACGGUGAUUCGCGGCUCGUUCGAUUCCGACUGGACGCUCGGGUUCACCUACGGCAGGAAGCUGACACCGGCCGCGUUCGGCGUGUGUUGGAGUUUGCUGUUUUGCGUGCCGAAAAACACGUUCCAGUGCGGCUUUCGGAUUGAUUUGGAUUCUAAUUUGCUCUGA